AUGGCCGAGAGCACCGAGGCGGGCGAUGCCUCCAAUGCAGACAUCGAAGAGAGCGACACGCCCGUUCACCCGAUCCCGGCAAUGCAGGGCGCCUUCGAAGAGUCCAUCCUCGAAGCCGGCGGAGAACAAGAGGCGGUCCCAAACUCACCUAUCGAAGCCGAUGCGACCGUGAGGCGACACCACCUGCUCGAGUCCAAGCAGUUCGACGAGUCGUGGACGACCAGAUGGAAGCAAAGCCCAGCCGCCCAGCACCACCCCCUCACCAAGCUGAUGGCGCAGAUCAUCUUCGGCAUGCACCUCCUGCACCAACACCAAGCCAAGUCGGACAAGGAAGUCGUCAAGAUUCUGCAGACCCACGUCAACGAAGUCGACACCUUUCUCGAGCGCACGGCCGAGGACUUUGCCGUCGCGACCAAGGAUGUCGAGGACCGCAUCCGCUACCUGAAGCUGCCCAUGACGCAUUUGGACGUUUUUGAGAACAUGCUGGACAAUAAGAAAUUCCGAACGCAACUCCUGGCGGGCAACGAGAAGAUUGAGAAGAUCAUCGACCGCACCACACGAGCGCUGAACGCCGCGCUGUCCGAUGUCGAGCAAGGGGUGCUGGCGAACAAAGAGCUCGGGCGAUAUGUGAGGAAUGUGCAAGAGCAAGGCGCGCAGCACCAGCGUGCCAUUGUCGAUGUCUUCACCGCCAUGCAAGGGAACGAGCAAGGCUGGAAGAGAUAUUUGAAAGAUCUGCAAAUCAAAGGCAACACCUUGCGCCAGAUCCUGAUCCAGCUGCAACGUCUGAUUGCUGGAAUGUCAAGAAUGGCCGCUGCGGCAAGCCGACGCAACAAAACGCAGAGCAGCACCAUUAAUGCCGAAGCAAAAUCCGCUCCUUCCUCAUCGGCUGGCCCACGGUCGAAAUUCUCCCAGGGCUCGUCAUCGGACUUUCCUUCCGACCUCACUGCUCUUCCACAAAGACGCCCUUCGAAUCUCAACAAGCCGUUACCAGUCGAGCCUCCGCCCGUCCUCGCGACUUCAGCGCCGGCACAAGAUUCCGCAGCAAAGCCCCGCCACGUGCCGUUCGCCGAACGUUACGAGCGACCCCGACAAUCUCCUCCAGAACCCUCCUCUCCAGAAACAAUGCUUGCAGCUCCCAGACCGCGCCCCCGGACGGCACGAGAAGCACGCGCCGCAGAUUCAAGGACGACCACCCACGAACUGCUGCAAUUCUUCCGAGACGCCGAUCCUGGAGCCAGCAACUUCAAUCCUUUGCGAAGUAAUCCACCGAUUUCCUCGGAUCCCCUUCCACCCAGGGUUUCUGCUGAGCAGCCCAGCCUGGGCCGGAAAGCAAGCCACGGAACCAAUUUGAUCAUGGGCACUGUUUCGUUCAGCAAUGACGGGCGAAUCACCCGGUCGAAAGGCUCGGGCAUCCUCUCCAUUCCCAGUCCGCCAUCAGUCUCCGACAGUCACUCUCCACCCCAGGCAGCUGUCCAGAAACCAAGCAUCGACACAACAAGGAGCUUCCCAGCCACCAUCGACCAUGUCCCAGCCAUGCCACACGACGCAGUCGAAAGAAGAGCAGCAAUGAAAGACACCGGCUUCGCCCGCCGCCUCUCCAAACGCCUCAAACACCUCCCCCUCCCCACCCCUCUCUCCCCCUCCCCGCGCCCCUCCACAGCAGCAUCCACCAGCAGCCCCCCAACAUACAAACCAACCCUCCCCUCCUCCCAACCCAGCAAACCCCCCUCCACCUCUCCCUCGCCCGCCGACUCUGCGUACGGCUCCUGGCCAGGAGGCACAGGCACAGGCAACGCCUCGCCUUCAGCCCCGCACACCACCUCCGAUCCGCUAGCCAGCAUCACGCCUCGCCCCAUCCCCGUCCUGGCGCCUUUGCCUUCCGACCCAACGAGUUCUAUACCGCGCGUGUUGAAGGCGGAGAUGGCCGCCACCGCGACGGCCCCGGACGUGAGCAAAUUCCCGCCUCCCCCCGAUCCGACGAUUGCUGUCGAGGGGCGGAAGGAAAGUCUUGUCCCGCCUUCGAUGAAGAGUGCUGUUUCGGGCAAGAGUCGGGGGAAGAGUUUGAGGAAUGCGAUUAUGGGACGGUGGAGGAGGGGGGUGGACGUUGCGUAG